AUGAUUAAUAGUCCUAAAAAAAAAUUAAAAAUAAAUGAGUAUGAGUAUAAAGUAAUUAAUCAUGAAGAAAAAGAAUCUAUAAAGGAAGAACUAUAUGUAAAUCAAAAUAAGAUAAUAAACAAUACAAAUGAUUGUGAAAAUAGAAAAAUAUGGUUAUAUGACAAAAUAAGUAAUAUAUAUGAAAAUCUAAAAUUAUUUAAGAAAAUAGAUGAUAAUGAAGAAAAUAAAAAAAAUAAUAAAAGAUCAUUUGAAGAUAUUUCAAAAAAUAGCCAGGAGAUAAAGAAGACAGGAAAUUUUCGAUCAUCUUUUGGAUAUUUAUCAUUAUUGAAAUCAUUAUUACAUAUUUACAGGUUUUAUACUACCAACGAUGUUGAAUAUUAUGUAAGUUCAAGCAUAAAUAGCAAAUAUUUAAAGGAGAAAAAUUGUAUAUUUAAAGAUGGUAUUAAUGACAAUGAAGAGGAUAAUAAAAAAAAUUUUGAUAGUUACAUGAAGAAGGAAUACAGUACAGAAAAUUAUAAAAUACAAGAAAAAGAAACAUACAAUGAUAAUUUUAGUGAUAUUUUUGCCGAAGUUUUAAGUGAAAAAUCAGGAUUGUUUUUUAUAUUUAAUACUAUAUUUUUUACCAAUUUAAAAAAAUAUUAUUAUUUCGUAGAUAUAGUUAAUAUUUUAAAUUAUAUUGGUAAUAAUAAAAGCAUCAACAAAGUUGAUGAAAAGAACAAAGAUAUUUUAAUAUAUGAGCAAAUUGCAUUAUUUAUAGAAAAUAAUUAUGAUGUAUUGUUUUAUGACAAAAAGAAUUCUGAUGAUAAUUUAGAAAAUAAAAAUAAUAAUAAAAUAUCACAAUAUAAAUUAAUAGAAUCAGUAAACAAAAAAUCUAAAUAUAUAGAACAAAUUAAAAGAAAUUUAGAAAAUUUAAAAAAAAAGAAGUCAUAUGAAGAACUUCUAUAUAUAUCUAUGAACGAGUGUAAUAAAAAAAUUUAUCAUGAGUUCAGUAAAAUACCUGAUUUAUUUCGUGAUAUAUCUGAAAUGAGUGAGUAUAGUAAAAAUGAGGUAAUACAUUAUGAACACCAUGAUCAAAGAACGCAUCAUUUAGAUAAGGAAAUUCAUACAUUAUAUAAUGAUAAAAAUAACUGUUCAUCACUAAUAUGCCGUAAUUUAAAAAAUAACUUUAAUUUUCUAAAUUGUAAAUCAUUGAAAAAUAAUAAUUUAUCUUUAAGUAAUGAUGAAAAUAGUAUUAUACAUAAAAGAAAUAAGGAAUUUAUAGAAGAAAAUUCAAAAACUAUAGAAAAUAUAUCUCAUAAAUCUAUUAUAGAAAGUGAACGUACAGAUAAUAAUAAUAAUAAUAAUAAAGUAUAUCGUAUAAAAAAGUUUUUAAUGAACAUAUUUAAACGUUCUAAAAUGAACGAUAAUCUAAAUAAUGAAAAUGAAAUAGGUGAAAACACAAAUAACGAAGUACAUCUUAAUGAAAAUAUAAAUGUCGUUGCAUGUACUUUAAAAAAGGAAAAUACCGAAGAUUCAGAGUGCAAAGGAAAAUAUAAUUAUGAAAAAAAGGAUUUCAUAAAGAAUGACAAUGAUAUUAUUUUUAGAGAAAUAGAAAACUGUUCCAAUAGUGAGAUAAAAUAUAAAGAUGAAGUACUCCCAUCCUGUGAAUUAUCUAAAACAGAAUAUUGUAAUUAUGAAGUAAAAGAACAAAAAGUAUAUAAAAAUGAAAAAUUCAAAAAAGAGUGUAAAAUAAAUAUUUUUGAAAAUAAUGAAUCAACAAAUAGUGAAUCAAAUAUUGUUGGAUCUAUUAACAAUGAUUUAACUAAUAAAGAAUUAGAGAACGCUCAUUUUGAGAAUAAGGGUAUUAAAAUUAAUGAAUCAAUAAAUGAAUGCAUAGAAAAAGAUAAUUCAAAAAAUAUUAAUGAUGAUAUUCAUAAUGAAUUAAUAAAUUUAAAAGAAUUAAAUAGUGAAAAAAAAGAAUGUAUAAAAGAAUCUAAUAGUAUAUGCAAAGAAAUCAAUGAAAUAUUUAAUGAAGAAUUAAAAAAUAAGGAAAUAAAUGAGAAUAAAAUUCAAAAUAGUAAAACAAAAGAUGAUGAUGAUGAUGAAUUUUCUGAUAAUGCUCAAUCUGGAAAAGAAUAUUCACAUCAAAUUGAAAUAGAGCAUAGUAAUUCAGAAGAAUGCAUAUCAGAAGAAAAAUCAAAAGAAAGUGAAAUACAAGAAAAAGAUUCAAUAGGAGUAAUGAAUACAAAGAACAAGGAAGUAGAUGAAAAUGACUUCGGAAAAGAAAAAAAAAAAUUAGAAAAUAAUAACACAAUUGAAAAUAAAUCAGAUGAAAUCGAAUUAAGUUAUGAUGAAUCAAAUGGUAAUAAUAAAUUAAAUGAAGUUGUUGAUAAUGGGAAUCAGUAUGAUGAUGAAGUUGAAGAAAAUGAAAACGAAUCAAAUGAAAGUAAUAGUAAUAAUAAUCAUUUAAAUGAAGAUAAAUCAGAUGAUAGUCAAUCAGGUAGCAAUCCAACUAAUGAAGAAGUAUCAAAAGAUAAUCAGACAAAAGAUAGUAAAUCUAUUGAAAAUGAAUCAAAUGAAGAAAUAAAUAGUUAUCAUACAAAUGAAGAUGAAGGAAAUAAUAAUAAUAAUUCAGAUGAUAAUAAAUCAAAUGAAAAUCAAGUAUAUGAUAAUUACUCAAUAGAAGACAAACCAAAUAACAACGACUUAAAUGAAUAUGAGUUAGACGAUAAUAAAAAAUUAGAUGAAGAAGAAUCAAAUGAUAUUGAAUCAAAUGAAAAUGAAUUAAAUGAAGAUGAGGUAUAUAAUAGUGAGUCAGACGAUAAUAAAUCUGAAAGUAAUAAGUCAAAUGAAAGUGAUUCAAAUAAUACUACUUCAAAUAAUAAUGAAUCUGAUGAUUCUGACUUAUAUGAUAAUCAGUUAAAUGAAAAUGAAUUAAGUGAUAAUGAAUCAAAUGAUAGAGAAUCAUAUAAAAAUACAUCAGAUGAAAAUGAAUCUAACAAUAAUGGAUCAGAUUAUUACUCAGAAGAAUCAAACGAAGGCGAUAAUCACCAAGGAAAAAAAAAAAAUAGAAUUAAUAUUACAAGCAAAAAAUAUGAAUUAGAAAAAAUAGAGGAAUCCUAUAGUAGUGAUAAUAUUUUAUCAUUUGAUAAAGUAUCACUUUCUAACGAAAUAGAUGAUGAACAAAUUAUUAAUUUCUUAAAAUAUAAAAAAAAAAAUACUGAUACAAAAAAAUAUAGAGAAUACUUAAAAAAUAUACUAACAUGCGAUAAGACAUGUUCUAUUAAGGAUCAUGCGAGUGAAAAAGAUACAUUUAUUAAAAAAAUAAAGAAAUUAUGUGACUUAAUAAAAAAUAAGAAGUUCAAGGAUAAAUAUAUGAAUUAUUGGAAAUGUAAAGUACAUUUUAAAUGCUGUAAACUUCAAAGAGCAUAUAAAAUAUUUUUGAUGAUUAUUUGCUCGAUGGUUAAAGAAAUUAAUAAAUUAACAAAAGAACUAAAUGAUAUGAGUAAUUUCAUUUUUAUAAAUUCAGGAAUUGAAAAUUAUUUAAAUGAAAAUAACAUUUCUGUUAUUGAAAAAAGUAAAUCAGAUAAUGAUUUAAUUGAAAAUUAUUUUAGUGAAAAUAAUAUAAUAAAUGAUUUUUUUUUUAAUGAAAAUUUUUCAAAAGAAGAAAAAAAAAAGAAAUAUAUUUCAUACAUACCAUUAGAAAACUAUAGAAUAUUGUUACUAUGUUUGAGGGAUAUAUUUAAUGAGAAAAAUUUAGUAGAACAAUUAAAAAAUAUUUCUUAUUACAUAGAAUUUGAUAAUUAUAUACCUAAUUAUUGUAAUUCCUUUUAUGAUAAAUUCAAAAUUAAUUAUAAUUAUUUAUAUCAUAUACAAAGUUUAUAUCAUAAUAGUGUUCCAACUAUUGAAUGCAUAAAUAUGUUUAUUUCGUGUUUAAAUUAUAAUUAUUCUAAAAUUCAUAAAAAAAAACCUCUUUUCAAAUAUGACCUAAACAAUAAUUAUUUAUUAUCUCUUCCUUUUGUAUAUUGUUGCGAUGUUCAAAUAAUAAGGCAUUUAGAAUUUUUAAAAUUGAAGGAAACAUGCCAGAAAAUUAUUAAAAAUAAUAAGAUAUAUGAAAAAUUUUUAAAUCAUCUUUUUUCAUAUAUAUUUGAUGAAUCAUAUUUUAUCAUUCCUUUUUUUACCUCUUAUGGAAAAUUUUUAAUUAUUAUUAAAACAAAUCGAAAUAAAAAUACUGAAACUUCGAUUGAUUCAUUAAAAAAUAAAAAUUCAAUUACAUAUGAUGUGAUAAUUAAUAGUUUUGUGUUCCCCAAUGAUAGCAGUUUUCAUGCAAUUAUUCAUUUUUCUCAUAUUUUUAUAAAAUGUUUAAAAAACUUUUUUAAAACAAGAAAUUCAGAUGAAAAUAUCCCUGAAAUAUCAUUUGCAAAUUUAUUAAAUAUAGAGAAACAACAAAUUAUAUAUCAAGAAAUAGAAACUAGUAAGAAUAGGAAUGAAAUUAUUAUUAACAUGCUUUUUCUUAUAGAAUCUUUUUUCAACAAUACAAAAAAAAUAAGAGUUCCUAAGGAGUUUAAUCAAGGAUUAAGAUUUUUAUACAUUACCAGAUUAAUAGAAUUUUUUCAUAAAAAAGAUUUAAAUAUAUAA